UUGUCACUUCUGGAGGCUGUUGCCUGCCUGCACGGUGACCUUCCCCGCUCCCGGGCAGUUUUCUGGCCCCUGGCCAUCUUAAACAAUUAAUGGAGGGGUGGAGAAACUUGCCAUGUUAAAUUACUUCCUCCUUUGGGAGGGGGCGAGGUCUCCACAUCUUGCCUGAUACCAAUGCAGUUUGUUGCCGCUGCCUGAAGCGGUCACUGCCUCUCUUGUUUUCCUUCCAGAAGUUACAAAAACAGCGUUUCUCGGGGCUCUUUGCUAUUCCUCAGCGUUUUUCUGCCUAACCCGUAGCGCUUCCCUGAGAUCUCGCAGAGCGGAGAAACUUCCCUGAACUUGGAGAAAAAGCAAAGCCGAGCGGAGAGGAGAGGAGAAGAGAGGGGGGCGUUUUUGCUGGGAGAAACCUCCCCACGACGCUGGAGACCUUCUUGGGAUGUCUGCGGUGGGCUCGUUCUCCUCCAGCAGCUUCUCAGACCUGCGAAAGCAUCUCCCUGCCACGGAGCAUCCUCGCUGAGCAGGCACCGGGCGCGGCGAAGGACGCAGCGAUGCCGUAAGGAGCAGCCCACGAGUGUCCGCUGGCUCUGCCCGUGUCCCUGAGGUCCCUGAGGGGCUGGGGAGCUCGGCACCCUGCGUGAUGUCCCUCCAGCGCCGAGCCCUGGGGUUGGCUGUCAGAGAAACCUUGGAGGUCCCCUGCUCGGUAGUGUCAUGAGUUAGAUUAGUUGGAGCCGCGCUGGGGGCGGCGAGGGCUUGGAUUACAGUCCGGGACUCCAAGUGCUUCGGUAGUUCACGUCGGAGGGGAGAGGAGACGCCCCGUCGCGGCACACAUGGAGGAAAACGAGAAGAAACGCCGCUUUUGGAAGUGAGGGGGGGAUAAAGGAGGCCGAGAAGAUGGACUCGGAGUCGCUGGACGGUUGCAUUCAGAGUACGUUAUCGGCGCUCUACCCUCCGUUCGAGGCUACCGCAGCCACUGUGCUGUGCCAAGUUUUUGAUGUGGUGGAGAAGACGUACCGUGGGGAUGGACUGCGCUACCUCAUAGACUUCCUGAUCCCAGCCAAGCACAUCCUGCAGUGCAUUCAGCAGGAUGCCUGUGUUCAGUACUGUGGCUUGCUGUUUCGCCACGAGGGCUGGCCCCUGUGCAUUCACGAGAAGAUCGUAGUCCAGCUGGCUUCCAUUGACUGGCGAAUCCUGAAGCCUGGUGACUUCUACCUGCAGGUGGUUCCCUAUCUGAAGAAGUCUCCACGGAUUGUAUUGAAAUGUCUGGCGAAGGACAAGCAUAAUGUAGAAGAAGUUGUGAUUCCAGAAGUCUCCUAUACCUCUAUUUUCACUCUGGAAUGGUUGAGCACUAUCAAUGGAGAGCGGAUGGGUAUAGCACUGGAAAAUUGUUUACUAACCACUGACGAUAAGAUAUUUCGUGUUCCCUGGGAUAAUGUGGUUAAUCCUGAAUUUAUAAACAAACCAAAAGUAAUUGAAAAUAAUAUCAUCACUCCAGAAACAGCAGAGGAACCUUCGGCUUUGUGCCUCCCUAUGGACCAUGCUGAGCGCAGCUCACCAGACCUAGAAUCUCAGUAUCUACAGGAACCAAGUCCGAAUAGGGACAACCUGGUUAGCAGCCCAGCUCCACAGUUAGGUGAAACUCUUGUCAAUGGUGUGUGUACAAAUGCUGUGCCUGAAGAGGACUUGAAAAGUGACAUUGAAGGGGAGUACGUUGAGCUUGCAGAAGUUUCGCUGCCCUGCUUUGGGCCACAGACAGGCUCUUUAACCCAGUCAGUGCCUUUAAGUUACCUGACUCAGCCCAGGACACGAGUGAAUGCAUCUAAAGGCAAGCACAGGUUUAUUGUCAUUCAAGACAGCACCUACUCCAAGAACUUAAUUCAGCCGGCACUUAUGCAAAAGGAGCGCUGUCAGAUGGACGCUCUGAGGACUUCUACAGAAGUUCUCAAAAAUGUAAUUCCUGUGGAAAGCGACAGGAUGAUGGCCCAUGAGGAACUGUCUCCAGAAGGUCAGCUGCUGUCGGGUGGCCCUGGAAGCAUGGGGAACAGCUCUCCUGCGGCUGCAUCUCCUGCCUGUGGUGCAGAAGAUUCCUCCCCUGCAGAGCAGGAGACGUGCAGCGAGCACUCCAUCGACUGGCGGUACGCGCUGUGCAGCUACAGUGACGUGUGUGCCGGAGAUGGUGCCAGCUGCAGAGCACAGAUGACUGGUUCUACUGGAAAUAUGCAAGUGGAAGGCGAUGGUCCUAGCAGAAAUCCUGGUGUUGAUGUAUUGGAGCAGAGCCCAGAAACAAAGCUAGAUGCUGCUGCUGAAGAGGGCAUUCAGAAGGGACAUGGAGAACCACUGGCAGAGUGUCAAAGUGAGGUGACACAGAUGGAUUCCUCUCCUGUGUCUGGCCCGGGGCCUUUGGGACCAUGCUGCACGCUGAAGGAAGAUCCUGGGAUUUCUUGGCAGAGUGUUGGUGAAAGCACCGCACCGGUCCAGGCCGCUGCAUUGCCUGUUGUGCCUGAGAGUGUGGAUUUAGGUGUGGGGAGAGGCUCUCCUUCAGGGAGCGUGACAGAUGCUUGCUGUGGUGAUCAGGAAGAGAAUACGAGUUCUCCGUUAAAUCCUCCAGAACAGAUGAACCAAGGAGAAGCAGAUGAAGAAGAGCUGGGAAGAAGAGAAGGCUCUGAGGAAGUCAAAGAGAUUGAACAAACGCUGGCUGUAAAUGGGAAUGAGACCAGCCACAGCUACGGCACUGUCAGAGCUCCUGCGGGUGGGCUCCUGGCAGAUGGAAAAGAGCAAGAGGUCUCUGCUUGUCAGCACAAGAAAGGUGAAGAAGCCGUGCUACUCCCAGCUGCUCUGUCAGCAGAGAGUGAGGAGGUGGCAGGGCAGUUGGAUACCAGUGACCCUUCGGUGGGUCUUGACGCACAAGCAGAAAGCUCAAGUCAAUGCAAAACCCUCCUGUGCGGAGAGAGGCGUGAGGAACAGCAAAGAUGGGCAGAAAACCAAGGCCAUGGAAGUGAAGCGAGCUCUGUGCUGAACCCAGAGUGCGUUGCAGCACAGGACUUGCAGGGAGGGGAGGAGAACCAGGGAAGUUUUUGUGAUGGGGAAAAGUCCAAGACUGGAGCCUUAAAAACACUGGAAUCCAUUACGGAGGAGCUGGAGGUUGGACCAUCGUCCUCGGGGCCUGCUGAGGGCAACCCGGAGCCCACCGCUCUGCAGUCCCACCACGAGGCAGUUCCUGGAGCGUCACCUCCUAAAGGUACAGCAGGGAUGGUGCUGGAAGGGGCAGAGACGGCAAAAGAAACGACUGGCACGGCUGCGUCGAAGCCGGCGGGUAAGGUCUGCACCCCGGAGGAAACCUCAACAGCUGCUGUUCCCCCCAAAUCCCCGGCUUCUGGGGCCGCCUGGGGUGGCCGGCCUGCGCCUUCCAUAGUCAAGGAUGUGAACCCAGAGGUGCUGAGGAGCGGGGUUGCCUGCCUGCCAGGUACCAGAGAUAAAUCGGGACGUGCAGUGGCGAUAAUCACGACGAGGAACACGAUCUGGUUAAACCCCCACUGCAACACCACUGAGCUUGUGCGCCUCCUCCUGUACUUGCACAGCAUUCCAAGACCCGAGUGCCAGGCUUUGGGUCUGACUGUCCUUGUGGAUGCUCGUCGCUGCUCGCCGGUGCCUGCGCUCUUCAAGGCCUUCAGCAUCUUGCAGGACAUGGAUCCUCACUGUAUUCAUGGAGUACUGCUUCUGGUUGAAAGAGAUCUGACUUUUCGGGUGGAGAAGCCAGCAGCAGGACAGUUUGAGAUUCUCACCUCCAUGAAAUCCCUCCAUAAGCACAUAGACAGCUCCCAGCUGCCGCUAGAACUGGAUGGGACCUUCCCUUACUGCCACCGGGACUGGUUAAGCUUCCGCAUGAAACUGGAACACUUGCUACAAGGAUGCCAAGGGGCUUAUGCCUUCCUCCAGGGAGCCAUUCACAAAGUGGAAUCUGGGAAACUACCAGAAAGAGCUGAGGAGGCGGCUGUGCUGCUGAGGAAUUACAGGCAGUUGAUGAAGAACGUUCUGGAAGACGCACGGCUGGUCCGGCUGCAGCUGGAGGGUGGAGCGCUCCUGGCCAGGCUGAGGAAGGAGGAAUCUUGUGUCACCCUCACCCGUGACUACAGGGACUCGCUGGAUGCCGCUGGUGCGUUUUAUAAUCGAGUCGAUGAGGGCGUGCACCGCCUGGUGAUGCUGUCCAACAAACGCAUCCAGGAGCUGGAGCUGGUGAUGGAGUUUGAGAAAGUGGAAGAAUGUUUUAAGGAGGUCAGCAGUUGGAUCGAGAAUGUUGGCAGGAAAAGGCUAAAGGAGAUGAUCAACCUGGACGAUUCUUUGGAGAUGCUGCUUCAAGCACAGAAGCAGUUCAGGGAGUUUGAUCUUGUUGCCAGCGAAUACUGCAGAAGGGGGCAGGAAGCACUGAAGAAGAUGGAUCGAUGGGAAGACUUCUCCUCUGUGGACGUGCACUCUUACCGAGUGAAGCUGCAGACCUACAGAGAUCAGCUGGAGGAGUUCUGCACUCAACUGGAUGAAAACAGGCACCGGGUCUGCGAGACAGUCAGGCUGUACGAAUUCUUUGACAAGGCGUACGAGUGGGCCUUGGAAGGGAUGCGACACCUCGCCUGCAUCAGCAUGGAGGACUGCAGCUCCGCCGAGCACUGCGCGGGGGUCAUCAAGUGCCUGGAGAGCUACAAGGGGCAGCACCCGGACAUCAGCGACGCCCGCUUCCAGGAGAUGAAGGAGCUGGCCUGCGAGCUGAAGAGCGAAAAAGGACUCAAGCAGUGGAAGUUUGCGUGGUCCAAGUGCCAGGAGACCAAGCUGGUUUUCGAAAAGAAGCUGGAAGCGGCCCUGAGAACCAGGAGGUCGCUGCUGGCAGACCGCAAAGCAGCCGUGGGGGAGCAGGCACGGGCUGGCAGCGAGGCUGGCACCCUGUGCCCACGCAGGCACUCAGAGGGGGCCACCCCCGGGCCGCCCUGGGACAGGACUUGCAGCACAUCCCAUGGCUACAGCAGGCCCGGCCGCUCUGCGGGCUGGACUAAAGAGCAAAUCCCUUCUCCCACCCUGAGCUGCCCCGGUGAUUUUGGUGCUGGGGACGAAUUUGCCUGCCAAGCUGCUCUCGGGGCCGGGCCCCACUGCGGCCGAGUUCCUUUUGGAAGCGGGGCCGUCAAGUCACCCAAACUGCCCGAGGAAAAGUCGAACCUGGAGAGCAUUUUGGAAAGCCUGGAGGUGAAACCCUCCUGCGCCUCCACUCCAUCCGCUGGGAAGCCCCCUCCCAGGAGGAUGCUCCGCAAAGCCCAGAGCUUCGACCUGCCCUGCGGUGAGAGCCUGUGGUCGGGCUGCCAGAGGACGCUGAGCGAGCCGGCCAGGUACGGCAACACCGGCGUCUUUAUUAAGGGGCUGGAGGUGAGCAGCACGGAGCUGGUGGACAGGACGUUCGCGCUGCGGCACGGCGCUCACAGCUGGGCUGCGGACUGCCUGCUGGAGGGACAGAGGGGCUGCGGCUCCGCCACCGAAGCCAAGAGCUGGGGCAGCAAGCUGCGGCACAUCAUUGACGAGAUGGUGACCACGGAGCGGGAGUACGUGAGGUCGCUGUGCUACAUCAUCGACAGCUACUUCCCCGAGAUGGAGCGCCUCGACCUCCCCCAGGACCUGCGUGGGAAGCGCAGCGUCAUUUUUGGGAACCUGGAGAAACUCUACGACUUCCACAGCCAGUAUUUUCUGCGGGAGCUCGAGAGCUGCUGCAACCACCCGCUGCGCGUCAGCCACUGCUUCCUGCGGCACAAAGACCAGUUUGGGAUGUACGCCUUGUACAGCAAGAACAAGCCGAAGUCGGACUCGCUGCUGGCCAGCCACGGGAACACCUUCUUCAAGUUCAAGCAGGUGCAGCUGGGGGAUAAGAUGGACCUGGCCUCCUACCUGCUGAAACCCAUCCAGCGCAUGAGCAAAUACGCCCUGCUCCUGAAGGACCUGAUCAAGGAGUGCAGCGAGGCGCAAGAGCAGGAGCUGGGCUACCUCCGAGCGGCUGAGGAGAUGGUGAAGUUCCAGCUGCGGCACGGGAACGACCUGCUGGCCAUGGAUGCCAUCCGCGACUGUGACGUGAACCUGAAGGAGCAGGGGCAGCUGGUGCGGCAGGACGAGUUCACCAUCUGGCUGGGCCGCAGGAAGUGCCAGCGACACGUCUUCCUCUUUGAGGACCUGAUCCUGUUCAGCAAGCCCAAGAGGAUCGAGGGUGGCUUUGAUGUCUAUAUCUACAAGCGCUCCUUCAAGACCGCAGACAUCGGUCUGACGGAGAACUCUGGGGACAGCGGGCUGCGCUUCGAGAUCUGGUUCCGAAGACGAAAGUCGAGCGACACCUACAUCCUCCAGGCCAGCUCAGCCGAGACCAAGCAGGCUUGGACCAGCGACAUUGCCAAGAUCCUGUGGCAGCAGGCAGCCCGCAAUAAAGGUGUGAUUCCUUCCCAGGGCGUCUGUGCCGCAAAAGAAAUCCGCAUGCAGGAGAUGGUGUCCAUGGGCGUGGGCAACAAGCCGUUCCUGGACAUCAAACCCAGCGAGGCAGCUAUCAAUGACCGUGCUAUUGAUUACAUCAUGAAAGGCAGAGGCGCCAGGACCAGAGCAUCAAUCGCAGUGUCUCUGUUCGACCAUUCCAACCCGUACAAGAGGACUCAGGCGCAGCUCUCUGCUGGCAGCACCGCUGCUGCGUACGGCCCUUCCUCCUCCUCCCUGCUGGGGCCCCUCAACCUGCACAUGUACCUGGACCAGGCUCUGCUGCCAGGCGUCCUGGCCCCCAGACGCCCCUUUGACGUUGGUGCCUGCAUCGAGGAGGAUGAGCUGGAGCACGAGACGAGCAGCCAGCCCUCACUGACAACAGAGAGCUCCGAGUCAUCACACUGCAUGUCAGGCAGCGGCUCCAGCGGCUCCGACAGCGGCUGUGUCUCCAGCAUCCCACAAGAAAGCUUCUGUGAAGACAUGGGCUCACCCACCUACAUGCCCCUGGGCUCACAACACAGCUCAGCGAUGGAGGAGAAACCCUCGGUUCACGAACAGCCAGUACAUUUCUGCAAAAGCAGGCCAGGUCACCAUAAGUCCCUCGACAAUAGUGUGAUCCCCUCUGCACACGUAUACGGCCUAAGGAAGUGGAGUUGUUGUUUGAUUGCCAUUUCAAACUCACUGAAGACCCCAGGCCUCUGACCAGCAGAAGGAGACAGUCUUCAUCCGUGAAGAUACUUUUACACAUAAUCAGGCUCUUUCAGACAGUCCAAAACCUGACUUCUGGCUGGGGGGAAGUCCCGAGAAGGUUUCUGUCAACUACGCUUAAUAGCUUUGGUGUUGGAUGGGACCUUGGGCAUUCAAAAUUUGUUAGCCCUAUAUUUAUGAGUAAUAAGUAACAUAGCUGUUUGAAAAAAAUGUAUUAUUUUUAAAGCUAUGUGCUGUACAGAUUUUUUUUUUUGUUACAAGUGACUCUGUUACUGUUUGUUCUCUAAGCUGCACAUUUUAUAAAGUUUUUGGAAGGGCAAGAAGAGAAACCAAGGUAUUUAAGAAAAGUAGUGUAACUUCCUGUUUCAGGGUUAUAUUGACCUGGAGCUCAAGAUUAACGUCCUUCCUUAUGUUCUAAAUAUGUCUAUCAUAGCAAUAAUUUAUUUUCUUGGCUUAACACUUCUGUUUUAAUAAAAGCAAUUCCAUUGUUACAGUGAAUUGUUUCUUCCCACGAUUCUCCCAGUGCCUCAGUGCUGAGCUUCUCUCUGUCUUAACCAUCUCCCAGCUCUUGCUGACUCUUCGGUCUCCCUGUGCGACUGCCGCGCUAACCAUCUGCCAGCUCAGCCGCUGUUCUCAUGCGUGACCUCAGGAGUGUUCCUCAGGAGAGGGGCCGGGUCCCCCGGUGGCAGCGUGUGGAGACCAAAGCAGAGCAGGGAGCGUAGCAGGUGGGUGAGGAGGACACAGCUCCCCUAUUCCAAGGUCCUCUCCUCCUGGUUUGUGCCACUCAGCCCCCACAGGCAGAUUCCAGCCACACGAGGUGAAUGACAAAGUUCAGCCUGCAGCGUGCCUUGUCCCAGGGGCCAGGCUGUGCCCCAGGAUUUGGGGUGCUGGGGACUGGCCGCUUGCUUUGCUGCUGACCUAGCCCCUCUCCAGGUCCUUACUCUUGGUCCAUUCAGCGUUGCUUGUUUGAGGAGGUUUGGGUGGUGGUGGCAUCUGAGACAACAGCUUCUGAGUAUCUAGGUUUAGUGCAAUGCUCCACCUUAAAUGCGUGAUGUCUGAAGUAGGACAACGUAACUGCAGGACAGCUGUGUCCUGCGUCCCAAAGGUGCCUGUUAAUGCAGAGUAACAUCAAAGCUCCCUGCAGGGCUGUGAUGCUGUCUUGGUGCUCUUGGAGGAAAGUUGAAGAUCAGCGUUUUUUUGGAAGCUGCAGUUACUUACUGCCAAGCUCCUGCUUACUCCUGGUUUGUGAAGUGCUGUAAAUCAGCAUCCCCCAGACGCGAGAGAAACGGUGUCACAUUUGGCCUUUAUGGAGCAGGAAUUUAUUCAGUUGCAGUUUCACCCGUAGCUGCUGCUGGGGUGGAGAAGCUGCUUGGUCCCCGCAGUGCAUUGCUGUAGUCUCAGAUGUAAACCCUCAUAGCCACGUGAGUUACCCUCCGCGUAUAAACUAUGUUCAUUCAAGUCUGGAAAUUCCUGUACUGUACAUAAAACACUUGUUUAAUAAGCCGAAUGUUUUUUAAAACUUGUUCUUUUUUUAGACAGCAAAUAGAGCACAGUUGACACCUUUGUACAAAAUUGUGUGGGAAACAGUUGCACAGGGAAGAUUUUAGAAGUUACUAUUUUAAAAUAAGUAAGUUAAUGCAAGAUUUUGGGCUGCCAAGACAGUAAUAGCUCAUGUCACAAGAGGGAAAGAAGUUACUAAUGCGACAAAAGGAACAUGAAAUUUUCUGAAUUUCUCAAAAGGUUUUUACAUUGCUGGAAAAAAAAAAAAACUUUAAUGUUUACCUGAUGCUGUUUUUUCAGGGUUUGAUUGAUUUGUCUAAUAAAGGUUAUUUUCUUUAUAUGAA